CCAUGUCUAUUAUUAAAGCACGUGUUAAUUAAUGCAGCAGAUUCAUGUAGUUUCAGGAUCCUCUAGAGAAUAGAUCCUAACUGCAUGCUUCCUGUGGUAUUAAUUUCAUCUCGCCUAAAAUAAUUUUAAAACGAUUUCAAACCUCUCUUCAUUCUUUACCGUCACAGAUGUUUUUCUGCACGGCCACAUUCCUCCUGCUGGUUUCAGCUCAAAGUUUGCUGCUCACGGAGGCAGGAAAAUGUCCCAGAGUUUGCAGCUGUGACGGCACAAAACUCACCGUUUCCUGCAUUGGCAAAAACCUCACAGCAGUUCCACCAUCUAUAGAUGAGAUCACGGUCAAACUCGACCUGAGAAACAACAACCUCCAGGUUCUGCCCAGGGGGGCAUUCAUACAUACCCCCUACCUCACUCACCUCAACCUGCAGCGCUGCAACAUUGCUAAGGUCAAAGAGGGGGCUUUUAGGACUCUGGGCCGUGUGGUCUCCCUGAACCUGGCCUACAAUAAAAUAGACAUCCUGUACCAGGAAUCCUUUGACGGCCUCUCCUCCCUGAAGGAGCUGCAUCUGGACUAUAAUCGUAUCGAGGAGGUCCAGCCUGGGGCUUUCACACAGCUGGGCUUCCUGAAUAUGCUGGCUCUCACCUACAACCAGCUGGUUUACAUCCCAAACAUGGCCUUUCAGGGUCUGCAGAACAUCAAGUGGCUCCGUCUCAGCCAUAACUCACUGAACAACCUGGCCCCCGAGGCGUUUGCUGGUCUCUUCACCCUCGGCCGCCUCAGCCUGGACCACAACGAGCUGCAGUUCUUCCCCACUCAGACCAUGACGAGACUCAGUGCCGUCACACGUCUGGAUAUGAGCUACAACCCUAUGACCUACCUGGGAGAAGAAUCCGUCUCCAUGCCAAAGCUCACACACCUCUACCUGGACCACAUGUCUCUGCAAGACCUAUCGGAUCAGGCUCUGUCUCAUGCCCCUCUCCUGUCUCACCUGGACCUCAGCCACAAUCAGCUUCGUUACCUGGAGCCGCUCACGGGCCCCAAAGAGCUGAAGAGCCUGAACCUGACAGGAAACCCCAUCUACUGUAACUGCUACCUGCGGCCCCUGAGGCAGUGGGUGAGUGCUGGGGGUUUGAAGCUGAUGGGAGCAUGCGCUGGACCUCCUCACCUCUCAGAUGAACCCCUGCAGUCGGUGACUCCUCUGGAUUUACGCUGUCGCAGCAGAGAAGAGGCCCUGACAGAGCCAUCUGAGGAGGACAGUGAGAGCACAGGGGGCGCUGUGACCACGGCCAAACCCAAGCAGAAAGUCAAGUGUCCAGAUAAAUGUGACUGUGACAUUGAAGCUCAGCAUGCCACAUGCGAAGGUCAGGGUCACACCAAAAUCCCACGUGGCUUCCCCGCCAAGACACAGCUCCUGGACCUCCGCAGUAACCACUUCCACUACCUUCCUGCGAAGAUGUUUCCAGGCCUCAGCCAAGUUGUCUCCCUUCACCUGGAGCUCUGUAAAAUCCAUGAAAUAGAAAGGGGUGCCUUCCAGGGGAUGAAGCAACUUUUCUAUUUGUACCUCUCUGACAAUGACCUCACAUCUCUGGAUCCUGCCGCCUUCGCUGGAUUGCCUGAGCUCACCUACCUUCACCUGGAAGGAAACCGGCUCACGCAGCUGCCCGGAGCAGCUCUGGCUCCCUUGUCAAAUCUAUUCGUGUUACACCUGGAGCGAAACGUCAUUUCUAAACUAGAGCCUGCAGGUUUGACCUCAUCAGUGACCCCUAAACUGAGGGAACUUUACCUAACAAACAACACCCUCACUGCUGUUACCAAGGGUGCUCUGGACUUUGCUUUCCUUGGUAUACUUCAUCUGGAUUCAAAUCAGCUAACCGAGGUGCCGACACAAGCGCUGUCCGAUGUCCCCAAUCUGGAGGAGCUCAAUCUGUCUCACAACUUAAUUCGCUUGGUGGAACCACGUGCAUUCCAGCCUGUGUCCCAACAGCUGAAGAGGCUGUACAUGGAGCAUGCGGGCAUGGAGAAGAUGUCCAGAGAAGCUCUGGUGGGGCUGGGUGCAGAACUGAGGGCUCUCUCUGUGAGAGGAAACCGUCUUCAGGUGCUUCCUGACCUCAGUCCACUCUCUGGUCUGGAGGUGAUCGAUCUGCAGGACAACCCGCUGCUGUGUGACUGUGCUCUGCUGCCAUUAUACAGGUGGAUGGAGAAUGCAACUUUAGAGGGAAGUGCUACUUGUGGUCAGCCUCCUGAGCUCAAGGGUCAGAAGGUCAAGGAUGUGCAGAUCUUCAAGUCCUGUCCAGGAUUAACUAACACUACACCUCCUCCACGUGCAGAGCUUACUGUGGACCUCAGAGCAAAGAAAGCCAAAAAACUCAGACCUAAUCUUUCACAGCCUGCUGAAGUCAAAACUAAACCUUCAAAGCCAAAAGUUAAACCAAACAAAGCUAUUAAGAAACAACCUCAGAGAAAGACCUCGUCAUCCAAACACCCAACAAAGAAAGAUAAAAAGACAUUAGGAUAAAUCUGAUUGUGUUCAGCUCUUACAGUUAUCCCCAGGUUAAUGGCAAUGAUAACAGUUUGCGCAGUUUUUUGUCUUAAAUAAAGAUCUUUUUAUACGACAUUGUUGGGGUUCGUCUUUUUUUUUUGUUUGUUUGUUUUGUUUGUUUCGUGUGUUUUGUUAUCUUUGCAUCAUUCUCUCCAUAGAUCUAAAAAAAAACACUUACGACGGAAAUAUUAACUAUAUAUUCUGUGACUUAAUUCCGUAGCGUCAUAUGGUUCCAUGGUGUAAUGGUUAGCACUCUGGACUCUGAAUCCAGCGAUCCGAGUUCAAAUCUCGGUGGAACCUGACUUUUUUUUUUACUGAUCGCAAAAUCAACGGUUUACAAUAAAUCCUCCCGACCCUUUGUUUUUGU